AUGUCAGAAGAUUCAACAGUGUUUCUCGCCAUAUAUAUCAUCACAUUCCUGAUUGGUUUUCCUAAUGCUGUGUUGGCGUUCUGCUCAUGUAUUCGCAAGAUUCACCGUAAACCUAUCCCCAUUGACAUAUUCAUGUUGAACCUCACUGUUUCUGACCUUGUCUUCCUCACCUUCCUGCCUGUAAAGAUGAAAGAGGCUGCAGAUAACAUGAUUUGGAACAUGCCCUAUAUUUUGUGCCACAUCAAUAUGUUCAUGUUCUUUCUACCUUUUUAUUCCAGUGGCCUGUUCUUGACAGCAAUUAGCGCUGAGCGCUAUGUGUGUAUAGCAUUUCCAGUUAAGUAUAAAAGUCCAAAAAGAAUAAUUUACACAACAUUUAUAUGCGUUAUCAUCUGGGUGCUUGUUGGAGUAACUUCAAUAUUUCCUUACAAGGCAGCAUAUUUAGAUUCUAAUGAUGCGGACAACACCACUAAUAAGCGCCAUUUGGUGGAGGAACCUCAGAGAUGUUACAGUAACUUCACAGCAAAACAGCUGAGAGAACUGCUUCCAGCGCGUCUAAGUAUAGUAGUGGUGUUUUUCCUUCUACCCCUCCUUAUCUGCUGCUUCUGUUACAUCAGUUUAAUUUGUAUUUUGAUGAAGUGUCCUCUCUUCAAGCGACAGCGUAAACUCCGGGUGGUUGGACUGAUUGUGGGGACUCUCCUUGUGUUUGCCAUUAGUUUUGCACCCUACAAUGCAUCACACAUAGUGGGCUUCAUCAAAAAAGAAAACCCAUAUUGGCGCAUUAAAACUUUAAUGCUGAGCACUUUAAACGCAUGUUUUGAUCCUAUUAUAUUUUUCUGUAUCUCUAAGGAUAUGAGAAGGGCUAUCAAAGUAUGUGCAAAGGCCUUGUGCAGUUUUAUGUUUUAA